AAUUUGCUAUUGUGAUAGGCCGUGAAACGUUCAUGCAAAAUAUUCGACAAAUUCGGUUUUAAGAGUGGAAAUUUAUAUCGCUGUUACAAUUUAAUGUGAUUCCAAUCCAAUUAAGUGCCGAUAAGAAUGUGUGUCUUGACCACGCACUAAUUUUUGAGUAAAAAUUCUUUGAAUGCACAGACAAAUCUUAAAUGCAGGAAAUGUAUUUUGGUUUCUGUCGGUUCAAAUGCGUUAGGUUAAUUAGUAGAUUAGCAAGACGAUAGAGACGAUUGUUUUUGAUAAAAUUUUUGUUUUGCAAAACUCAAAAAAUUAAUUGAAAAUGAGUCUCGAGUCCAUCAAAUACAGUACCGGAAAUUUGGAAAUAUUGGACCAACUUCUGUUGCCCGUCCAAUCGAAAUAUGUGGCCGUAAAAGGGGUCGAGGAUGGAUGGAAAGUCAUCAAUAAAAUGCAGGUACGUGGUGCACCUGCGAUAGCCAUUGUUGGAUGUCUGUCAUUGGCAGUUGAAAUUUACCCGGAGACAUUUGAUUCAAAGAAGUCACUGCGACAAGAAAUCGAAGGAAAAUUAAACUACUUGGUAUCGGCAAGGCCAACAGCUGUAAAUAUGAAAAUAGCAGCGGAUGAAUUAAUGGCCUUAGCUAAUAAUUUAUCGAAAAAUGAUGAGAUUAGCGUCGAUGAGAUGAAGCAAAAAUUUUUACAAUCGACAGAAGAUAUGCUACAGAAAGACAUUGCCGAUAAUAUGAUGAUUGGUACCAAUGGUGCAAAUGCAAUUUUGGCUGAUGUCACAGGUGAUGGUCCAAUUAGAUUACUUACACAUUGCAAUACGGGAUCACUGGCAACGGCUGGAUAUGGUACGGCUCUGGGAGUAGUUCGUAAAGUUCAUGAACUAAAACGUCUCGAGCACAUUUACUGUACCGAAACGCGACCAUAUAAUCAAGGUGCUCGAUUGACAGCAUACGAACUGGUUCAUGACAAACUUCCAGCAACUCUAGUGCUAGAUAGUAUGGUUGCAGCGUUGCUUCGAUCGAGAAACAUUGCUGCUGUGGUUGUUGGUGCAGACAGAGUAGCAGCCAAUGGUGACACGGCGAACAAAAUUGGAACAUAUCAAAUAGCCGUUAUAGCUCGCCAUCAUAACGUUCCAUUUUAUAUUGCGGCACCAUUGACGUCAAUUGAUCUAACUAUAGCCAGCGGAGACCAUAUUAUUAUAGAAAAGCGACCGGAUCGCGAAAUGACACAUGUCGGUGAACAUAGAAUUGCCGCACCAGGGAUCGGUUGUUGGAAUCCAGCUUUCGACGUAACGCCAGCUGAAUUGAUUACUGGUAUCAUUACGGAAAAGGGUGUUUUCAAACCAGCUGAAUUGUGCGAUCGUGUGAAGGAAAUCAUUGCUUCGACGAAUACAUGAAGGCUUAUGGUCUGUGUAACAUCGAGUAAAUUGUAAAAUCAAAAAUUGUAAAGGGAAAAAGUAAUUCAAAAUUUCUAGAGAAAUGAACUCGUUCUGUA